AUGGAGUUUGUACAAACAUCCCCCGAGACCAAGAUCCACCUGCGUCUUGUAAAAGAGUCAUCCAUCUCCGACUCAUCUCCUUUACUUGUCUUCUUGCAUUACUGGGGCGGCUCAAGCUCGACCUGGUACAAACUCACCUCACCCGACUCCCCUACCUCCCUCAGCGCCCGCUAUCCCAGCAUCUCAAUCAACAACCGAGGAUGGGGCCAAUCGACGGGACCUACUGCAGAGAGCGGUGCCACGGGGAAAGAUUACUCCAUCGCACCACUCGCACAAGAUCUUGUGGCUGUACUCCAGUCCCUCGCAACAAAUGAAGCCACGGCAUCUAUCGCCAAGGACAACGGCAUCGUGCUCGUCGGCCACUCGAUGGGCGCAAAAGUCGCGUUGGCGGCUCUCGAAAAGCUUUCAGAUGAUAUCCUAGCACUCGUCAAGGGAUUGAGACAUGCUUACGACACCCCGGAAUCCGUCCAGUUCAUCGUGUCGAACGUUCUUUCGAAUCCGGAGCUGUUGACGCAGGACGAUAUCGCAAUGUUGGUGAGAGACAGUCUUGCUGGAAACGCGCUCGCAAAGGAAGGGUGGAUUGCGCAUGGGAUGCAGGAGGAUCUCCUCCCGGGUUUGGAUCGGAUUGCUGAGAGGCCUCGGGUUAAAGAUAUCAAGGUCAGCGUAUUGGCGGGUGAGUUUGAUGUGGUGGAGCAGAAGGAUCGGGUACAAAGCGACGUUGUGCAGAACCUGAUCGCUAGAGGGUUUAACGUUGGAUUUAGUAUUGUCAAGGGAGCCAAGCAUUUGAUUCCUUUGGAGCACCCAGAGGCGGUGUCGCGUGCUCUUGACGAUGUUUUGUCUUGA